AUGGAAUGCUACUGUGAAGCCGGCCGAGCACCAGUUCGCAUGGCCGCAGAUGCGCGAGUUGAUUCGUGGGCGCCACCGUCGCAAUAUUCGGAUGUGUCACAUUUUGUAAUGGGGAUGGGCUCGGAAUGCCGCAUUGGGGACCUCCGUCAGCCCGCCAUCGGCCGCUGCACCUACCGCCCUUGGUUUCGAUUUAACGGCGCGGUCGAGCUUCCAUGCAGCUUUCUCGAAGCAGCGUUUCAAGGCUCCCGUUCGAGGCAGGCUUACCCGAGAGCAGUGUAUGAGCCGGAGUGCUGGUGGGCGCCGCCGUUGCAAUCGGCGACCGGGCCCCUGGCCGCCACUGCAGCAGCUUCCGGGCGUGCGUCAUCCGCUAUUGCUUCGACGCCUGCUACGGCGGCGGGCAGGCGGGCCAGGUUGGCCGCGAACAGCGCACACAGCACACCGCCGGCGGGCUGGCACGAUGCAUGGACGUUAGACACACUCCCACGUCGCCGGCCAUCUGAGGGCUCCUUCGAGGCAGAGUGA